AGAGCCGGAGCCGCCGGGGUUUGAGGGCGGGCGCUGACGGAGCCGGGCGAGAGAAGCACGGCGGGGACAGCAGGUUGAGCUCCAUACCUACUCUAUGAUGCAUGCUUGAGUCAAUUGCCCCAGAUAUGCAAGAACUUAUAAAAAACAUGACUGCAAGCUGGUAGAAGCAAUAGGACUGACAGGCUUGUUCAGGUUUGUGAAGACUUCAGGAGAUCCAGUCCUGGUGAAUACAAGGAAAAGUGUGGGAAGCCUGCAGAUUGCAUAAAGGGCAGUAAUGUGCACCAAUGCAUUGGGGUCUGGUGCUCAACACCUGAUUUCAGCAUUUGAAGACUGAUUGUUGAAGGGAAAGCCUGAAUAGUCUGGAGAAAUAAUUGAAAAUGGAGAUCUGCACUUGAAGAAGUCUUGAUUUGUAAAUCUGGCAAAAAAUAUGUUUACAGAAGGAAUCCAGACAUGUUGUUUUAUAUGUUUGGUACUCUACUAAUAAAGGGUCCCCCUGUAAAUACCAAAACCAUGACCCAUAGCCAGCUAUUAGAGAGAAAAGGAAAAUAUUCUUGAGUGUAGCAAAGGGGCAUCAACUGCAUGCCCAGAUGGUUUUUUCCAUCUCUUACUCUUCAGUAUUGAUUUAUUUAACUUUGCAGAAGAUUAUGCCAGAAAGGAGGUGUGAAAAAACUACAAUAAAUAAUUAUUUCCCUUUCUUCAAUGUGAAAACCACCUAAAUUCCAAUAAUUUAUAGUACUAUUUUCAUGGUCAUGCACCAGACUCAAGUCUGGAUGGUAUUUUGCUUCAACAAUGGUGUAAUUGAUGUGAUGUGAUGGAAAAUAUUGCAUAGGAGAGUACCUCAUCUACUGCCUCAGCUGAAGUUUUCAACAAGUUAAUAAUUCUUCAGUGUUGGACCAAAGUAUGAAAAAUUCUAUUUUAUCAAAAGAAGUGAGCAUCUUCCUUCAUCACCCCAGAAAUAUUACACUGGAAGGUGAAAGCAGAGCAGAGGAUGGCUCACUACAACCACUCAGCACAGCUCUCUCUGCAGAGCUCAGCAAACAAAUCAUUAAACGUCACUGAAACCCCACUGUCUUGGGAUGAAAGGACACUCUUAGGGCUGAAGAUUUCGCUGUCCAUCCUCCUGUCUGUUAUAACUUUGGCAACAAUCCUUGCCAACGCCUUUGUUGUCAUCACAAUUUUUCUGACGAGGAAGCUCCACACGCCUGCGAAUUUCCUCAUCGGCUCCCUGGCGGUGACCGACCUCUUAGUGUCCGUGCUGGUGAUGCCUGUCAGCAUUGUCUACACUGUCACCCACACCUGGGCCUUUGGCCAGCUGCUGUGUGACAUCUGGCUGUCAUCAGACGUCACCUGCUGCACAGCCUCCAUCCUGCACCUGUGUGUCAUCGCCCUGGACAGGUACUGGGCCAUCACCGACGCCCUGGAGUACAGCAAGCGCCGCACGGCUGGCCGGGCAGCCCUCAUGGUGGCCGUGGUCUGGAUCAUCUCUGUCAGCAUCUCUGUGCCACCCUUUUUCUGGAGGCAAGUGAAAGCUCCUGAAGAAAUCGCAAAGUGCGCUGUGAACACGGAUCAAAUUUCCUACACCAUUUAUUCCACCUGUGGGGCUUUCUACAUCCCAACUGUGCUCCUCCUGAUACUGUACGGCAGAAUUUAUGCAGCAGCUCGCUCCAGGAUCCUGAAGCCUCCUCCUUUGUAUGGGAAACGUUUUACUACUGCCCACCUGAUUGCUGGUUCUGCAGGCUCUUCCCUCUGCUCCAUCAAUGCCAGCCUCCAUGAAGGGCAUUCCCAUGCAGAUGGAUCCCCAAUAUUUAUUGGUCAUGUUAAAAUAAAACUUGCAGAUAGCGUGCAGGAAAGGAAAAGAAUUUCUGCUGCCAGAGAAAGGAAAGCUACCAAAACUUUAGGCAUCAUUCUGGGAGCUUUCAUUUUUUGCUGGCUGCCUUUUUUUGUCAUAUCCCUAGUUGUACCAAUCUGCCAAGAUGCCUGUUGGUUUCAUCCCAUCCUGCUGGACUUUUUUACCUGGUUGGGUUACCUAAACUCAUUAAUCAAUCCAGUCAUUUAUACAGCUUUUAAUGAAGAAUUUAAACAGGCUUUCCAAAAACUAAUACUUUUCCAGAAGUGUUCCUCUUGAGACUCUUCUCUUGUGUAACUGACCCUUGUGCAUUCUCCCAGCCCACCUGGAACUUUCCAUGCUUUUAUUCAGAGUAAUUGCCAUCUCUGCUGCUACCCUGGUCUGUGCAUGUAACUGGGAAUUUCUUGCCAAUUUGAUCUUUCUGUCUGGAUUAUACAUGGCAUAAAAGAACUUGUCCAUGGUCUCUGCAGUGAUCAUGGCUGUAUAUAAGAUCAAAGACACAUGAAAUAAGCUUUGCAACAAGGCAAGGUGUGUGACCCAGGGAACUUGUCUUGUGUGAUGAGGUGACACAUUAUCCAAUUUUACCACACUUUCUAACCUCAUGGGAUGACAUUGUGUGUGUAUUCACAAGAUGUUAGUGUUUCUGCUGUAUAUUAUUAACCAUUUAUGUAGGCUGAGAAAGUUUCUGAAGACCAGCAUCUAAUACAUUUCCUAUGGCAUGUAUCUUACCCAUGUGAAGCUGAUAAAACCUGUAACUUUUUCAGAUGUAUGGCACAGCCUGACUAUAUUCAGCAGCAGGGCAGAGCAGCAUAGCACAGAUUGUUAUGUGGAUAUUUCACAAAUGCUGCAUUUGAAGCUAUGCUUUUGGUGAAGUGUAGAAAGGAGACAAUAUGAUUGAAUUAAUUAUGACACAUUUUAUCAUGAAUAGAACAACCAGUGCAGAAAUGCUACAAAAUAAAUAGCAUGAAAAUUA